GACUUUACUUUCAUUUGAGAGAGUGAAGCAAGCCGGUGAUCAUGGCUGAGGAUGUGGUCGUGUCAGAGGAGACUUUAACAAGUGCUCUGACUCUGUUGGUCAACUGGAGCAAACUCCUGUUAAGUGAAGCCAAAAGGGAGGCUGCAGAAUCCCUGGAGGAUUUUGUCCCACAUAAGAUCAGCACUUUGUUCGGCCUGAUCACCGCCGGAGCAGACUUCUACAAAAGCCUUGGGGUGAAGAAGAAGAGUGAAGCAGAGGCCAUAUGGCAAAAGUCUUAUCACCUUGCAGCAGUGAGAGAGAAGGUGGACGAGCUCCUGCAGGUGGAGACUGAGUGGGACUUGUUCCUGGAGAGUGUGGACAGCGGUCUGCAGACGACAGGCGACAGACAGCCUGCUGGAGGACACACAGCAGACAGCCUGAGCCCUGACACUGAGUUCACUGACGCACGCAGCAGAAAGAGUGUGACUCUGGGUCAGUACCUGGGUCAGGGUCAGAAGCUGCUGCUGGUUCUCAUCAGACACUUCGGAUGACUGCCGUGACGAGACCACACGGCCGAGCUGGAAGCCAAUCAGGCUCUCCUGGACGCUCGGUCAGUGAAGGUCUUGGUGGUCUCGUUCGGCGGUGUGGAGGGGGCUCAGCUGUGGAAGGAGCAGACUGGGUGUACCUACGACAUGCUGCUGGAUCCACAGAGGAAGGUGUACAGGAGCUUUGGCCUGGGCUCGUCCUACGCUAAGGUGAUGAGGUUCGGCUGCCUGCUGCAGUACUCGGAGUACGGAGCUGUGGGAAUCGACUUCCCUGACGUCCCCCCUCGCCUGAUGGAAGACAUUUAUCAGAUGGGAGGUGACUUUGUGCUGGACGAAGCCGGGAAAGUCCUUCUCUCUCACCCGUCUAAAAACCCUCACGACAGACCGACUGUGAGCGACAUCCUGCAGGCCGUGGACCCACAACCCAGGCUGUGAAAAUGAAAAAAGAAAACAAACACGCCGAGCCUUUCGGGUUUACGUUUUUAACUCAUCACUGACACCGCAGAGACAGAGCAGCUCUUUUGAUUCACACUUAUGACGUCAUGUCUCCCAUUCAUGACAUCAUGAAGAGGCGUGGCCGAUGCAGAGAAUGUGAAGCAGAGGAACGUGCUCGUCUUUGUCGUGUCAGUGUUGGGAUGGGGCCAUGUUUUAAAAGAAGUGGUACUACUACUGGAUCAAAUGUGAUUCAGUUUGAAUUCUAUAAUAAUAUUAAUGAUCAGUAAUCUAUCACUCUAUGUGGAUAGCAACUAACAGUUUCUACCUCUUUUUAAAUAUCGAAGAAGAAGAAGAUGAUCUUUAUUAAUUUUUACACUCUGAGACAUGCUACACACACACACACAGGCUGACAUACACACACAUGCACAAACAGGAUCCUAUCGACGUGCACCGAUGUAGAGAAGUCAGAGUGAGGUGGCUGUGCACAGCAAGCGCUCCUGAGCUGGCAGAGAUGGGUCGGCAGUGCUCAGGGGUUUGUUUUGAUUUGGAGGAGCAUGUGAAGUGACGUUUUACAUUUCAUUUUGCACAGCAUUGUGGGUAAUUAAUUGCAACUGAUUUCCUGAAAGGAUGCAUCCAAACCAUACCGCACAAAACCAGGAAGUUAGCAUCCAUGAUGAAAUGUUCUCAUUGAGGUGGACCCAAAGCAUGACCACGAGGGUUCAGUCUACUGAAACGUCCGCACUGCAUACUGAACUGUGGCUUUUCAGAAAAGGACCAUACUGUACAUUUUUCCCCUGAAUCAGUCAGCAUCCGGGCGGUUUUGAUCUCACAUAUGUUCAGUUCUGUAAACUGCAUUUUGCACUAAUCAGUACAUACUACUGGUAUAGUAGGCGGUUUAGAAAACAUGAAUGCAACGCUACUUUUACUAUUUCUCCUCGAUGAAGUCAUUAUCCUUCAUGUGCCUGGUCAAGGAAAGAACACCCCUUUUAUUCCUGAUGUAAUCUUUGACUUAAGAUCGAUUUUAUUGUAGAACAGCACUCUGACAUCAAAUUACAGAUAAAAGGUGUCAUUAAUUUUAUUUGAUGGGUCUUCUCUUUUCAUAUUUAUAGAUUUAAAGAGCACACACUGUGAUGUUUUUCUAUAAACUGUGAGCUGAAAUAACUCCCAACAAGCUGAGAUCAUGAUGGCGAGUAGAGCUGGGUAUCAAAUGUCAGCUCUUUAUUUUAUUACUCUUAAGCUCUUGUACAGGUUUUUAUAUGGGGAUGACAUUCAACAUUUUAUAACCUGGACAUCUUCUGUUGAAUUUAAAAUGCCUCUGCUGAAAUAAAGAGUAGCUGUAUUUCUAAAAUGAAAGUACCAAAAAAAGAAGAACAAGUUUUGUAUCUAAAUAAAAGGUUGAGAUGUUUUGAAUACCCAGCUCUACUGAGGAGAAAAAUUGAGUUUUAUACAGACUGAAAAUGUUCUAAUCGUUUAGAAAAUGAUUUUGUCAAGUCUAAGUAAAGAUUUAUGAUAAACAA